AUGGGUCAACUCAUUUGGAACCAAUGGGCAAGAUUGAUCAGUCUCACCGCUGGUGUCUUUCAACUUAUCGGAGGACUUUUCGCUUUCUUUUACCGUUAUUCAAUGUUUAAAGCCGUUAUUGAUAUAAACUUUUUGUUCAAUCCUUUCAAUUAUCUUGCAAUUAUUUGCACUGUCACUGGAUUAAUAAUAAUAGCUCUUGAAUUACCCUUACCAUUCCUCAAGGAUACAUUCCUAGUGAGAUCUUUCAUUCCCAGAAUACUCUUAUACGUCCCUAUAUCAUUUGUUUCAGUAUUUAAUUAUCAAAAUGUAAAUCCUGCUCUUUACUUAUUUAUCGGUACAUUAAUGUAUCUCACAGCUGCAAUUAAAGGUGAAACUAAUAGAGUCAAUAAUACUUUAAGAUCAAAAGUAUAG